AUGAGCGCACCCCUUACGGCUCCCCAGCAGGAUGUCAAUCAUCAGCCCAAAGUGGCCAUUGCCAAAGAGGCGAAGCACUACGUUGACCACCGGCCCCCAUAUCCGGACUCGAUGUGGGAACUAUGGACGAACUACCAUCAAGGACCUCUUACAAGCGCUCACGACAUUGGCUCGGGAAGUGGCAACGGCGCUGAGGGGCUACUGACCUACACGACUCCACAAAUAAAGCAUGUCGUGCUCACGGAACCCCGCGAUAUCAACAUAACCGACUGCCGUGCUCGGUUCAAGGACCGCUUCCCUGGGACCGAGUUCACCUACCGGACCUGUCGUGGCGAGGACCCCUGGGUUGCCCCCACCGGUUUGGACCAUGUCGACUUCACGAUGGCGUGCGAGUCUCUCCACUGGACCGUUCUGGAGCCGACUCUCAACAACGUUGCCAACAGCCUCCGGAAGGGAGGCACUUUUGCGGCCGUCAUCUACGGUCCGUUUCCCGGUAUCACCAACAAUGCGGUUGCCCACGCAGCUUUCAAAAGCUUCAUAGGAGAGCACGCCUCCCAUCUCUUGAAGCAAGAAUGGAUGACCGAAAACUGGAAGAGGGCAGCAAGACAGAUGUUCCAUGGGAUGGACUGUGUGCCCCUGAAAGACGAAGUCUGGCAAGAUGUCAAGCGCAUCGAAGUGAACUGCAAGGAUGGCUGGUAUGCGAAGGAUUACGAACCGAUGGAGGGCACCGAAGACCCCGUGGCUCACUUAGGAACAUCUGAGCGGGUGUCGAUCGAGGACAGCAAAGACUGGCAGAUUACGGCUUCGGUUGAAUGGCUAAAGCAAUCUCUCGAGUCCAUGCGGUUUGGCUUUACCGAGGAGUCUUGGGGGUCCCCAAAAUGGCAGGAGAUAGAGAACGCAGUAGGAGAUGGACCUCUGGAGUUGAAGUGGCAGGUUCACAUGAUCCUUGCCCGAAGGAGGGGUUAA